AUGGCGACGCCGUGGCAGAUUCGAGUCCCCACCACUGAUACAGGCCUGUUGAGGUGGGCGCAGACGGACGAGUCUGCCGCAAAGGUCUCUGAGCUUUUGCAAAAGGAUCUCGAGAGCCACCAUGUGUUCUUCAACGCGGAAGGCUUUCAUAAUCAUAUUGUCCAUCUCCUCCUCUCUCUCUAUGCCACCGGCGCCUCCCCCAGCGUCCUCGAGCAAGCCUACGCCGAAAACCACUCUUAUCAAAUCAAGGCCAUGAACACUCACCCCGAUGUCGUCAAGGAGCUCAAGAGUGGGUGGUCAGCAGAUUGUCCCUACCUCGGAAAGGGGAAGUACUAUCCCGACUUUCUCAAGUUCUUUCAAGACGAGAUUGACGAAAAGGGGUGGGACAAGGUUCUGCUGGAGUAUGUCUUCAAGGGAGAUGAGAGGAGUGAGGCCAUCUUUGGUCGCCUCUUUGCUGGCUUCUUACACCCCCUUAUCCAGCUCAUGUACGGCAUCGAAUGGCACCAACCCGCCAUCGUAGCAGAAGGCCUCGCCCAAGCCGCCGUCCACGAAAACCGCGUGGGCGCGUUCCUCACCAAGGUCGAGCAAGCCGCCGCCUCCUCUCGGCCCCAGAAGACUCCCCUGCCCGAGCUCUUCGAGUCCGUCAGGCAGUACAGCGAAAAACUCGCCGCGAGUGCUCGGUUCGGGGAUUCCAACAAGGUGUAUGACGGCGUCUUUGUGCGUGCCCCUGAUGAGGCGCUGGGGUUUUUGAAGCAGAUUCGAGUUGGCGAGGAUGAGCUUGACGAGAGAUUGGCCGAGAUGGUUCAUUCGUGCGCGUAUGUCGCUGCUACGGCGGCUUUUCAUCCGCCGAAUGUUCCCAAGUUUGACUUUUUCUUGAUUCAUCAUCUCAACUCAUCACCCUUCUUCGUCACCCUCCUCUCCUUCACCUGGCUCACACCCGCUCAAAAAGCUCGCAUACUCGAAUGGAAGAUCCGCCUCGACAUCGUACAGUACAUCGCCCGCGGAUGUCCGCCGCUGCGUCUCGACGCCCUCCAAUCGUUUACUCCAAAGGACGGCACUGUGGCUUCCGCGACGAAGCCCGAGGAUCUGCUCCCGCGGUUUCACGAGAUUCUCGACGACGGACAUACCAUCAAAGUCGUCCGCGCGUUCUUCAUCGCUCAGAAACUGUCGCGGAAGUUUGCUGACAGGCCGUGGAUUCGCAUAGCGGAUGACGAGACGUGGUUGAAGAUGCACCAGGUCUUGUUGCAGAGCACAGAAGGCCCUCAGGAACCUGCCAUGUGGGUGAGAUCUGCUGGUUUUGAUGAUGCGUGGCAAAAUGUGCCCAAAGAGGCGGAUGGGAAACUGUAG